AUGGAUAUGGAGAAUCAAAAUGGAACGAGCAAGCCAUUAAUAAAGCAGCAUUCUCAUUCAAGACAAUCUUCACAGGAACAUUUUGUUUUCGACAAUGUUCCUGAUCAUCAGCUCAAACUUAUACAAGAAUCAACUGAUUCAGAAGAACACUUUUCAUCACCUGAAUUCGGCAUCCAGUCUCCACUGCAAUCUCCUGAACCUGUUACAUUUUCACAAUCUUCUGGAUACGACCCCAAAAGGAUUCCCCAAUCCGUUUUUUCAACUCGACCAACAACACCUAUGGAGUGGAGUGUUGCUUCAAAUGAAUCGUUAUUUAGUAUUCACCUUGGAAACUGCAGCUUCUCAAAAGAGAAUUUCGUUCUGUUGUAUAAAUCUGGAGAAUUGCCAAAGGUAGAGGAUCAGCCUGGAAAAUCUGCCAAACCUGAUGAACCAACAAAAGUUUCCAAGCCUGAUGAGUCAAAUAAAGUUCAGCCUAGUUCGCCCACUGCGACCAAGUUAGCAGACAACAUGGAGAGAAUUCUUGCAAUUGGUGAAGUUAAUAAUAAUCAGAAAAAAACCAGUCCUGCUGAUGCACGUUCGGAGGGGAGUAAUAGUACUACUAGCAUGAAGUCUUUUCAUUUCCCAGUAUUGGAAAAUGAUAUCGGAAGGCAUACUUCAAUAAACAGGGAACAAUUGGAGGAGGAGAUGGAGAACAGAAGACACAUCUCUAUAAAGAGGGAAAUUUUGAAGGAAGAAAAGGAGAAGAGGCCAUUUACAUGGCAUUCCCAGCCACAGAUACAGUCAAGUGGGCUACAGUAUUAUAGUCAGAGUCAGGAGCAGCUGCGGCCUCAGUCGCAAACCUCAUUAAAAACUCAAAAAUUUGGCUCCAACAACAGCUGGUUCUCCUGCAUCCCAUGUUUGUCACCUCGCACUUUAAUCAAGAGACAAGUCAAUAAUUAA